AUGCCAGUGUUUUCACCACACAGAAAGCGAUUACGGGAAGAAAGCGAAGAUGAUGUACAGGAUACAACACUGAGGUCGGAUAGGAGCAUGUACUGUGAAGAUGAACAUGAAGAUUAUGAGGACGGCGAAGAACUUUCUCAGGGCAAGGAAGGUCUGAUUGCACCUCAUGUUAUGUUGGAACACGUCGAAAGUUUUCGCAAAUUUGCAGCGGAACGAAGUAAACUAUCCGUGCCAUGGUCACGGAUGAAAACCUUGUUUGACGAAUGGAUAGUAGUCAGGCAGAAAGAGUCUCAAGUUGCAGAUCCAGAUUCACUACUCAAAUCCCUCAAACGAUAUUUGUCUACAUCACUUAAACCAGCCCACAUGUCCUUGGACACUUGUUUCAGGAACUUACAUGAUUACUUGGACCGACCAGAGAGUGUUCUAAUGCACGCAGAUUUUCCUGUCAAGCCACCUUCUCUUACUAUCUAUUACGGUAAAAAGUUCGGCUGCCCAGCAGGAUUUGGCAAAGUGAAGGAAUUGACUGAUCGAAUAAAGGAGGAUCAUGCCGGUCGGCAGCAGUGUGAGAAAGAAUUAAUAGAGCUUGAGAAAGCUUUCCUCGAGAAAUUGGAGGAGUUCUUGGUAACAAACGGUGACGUUUUGGGAUCAAAACAAAAAGGAUUCGUUGAAAAUAAAAUAAAAUUGAUUCGAAAGAAGAUGUUCCCAUCCCAACGCGCUUCAAAAACUAAGACAGCAAAGCAGACCAAUGGUAAUGUGACCAGACCCCAAAUGAGUGCGUUUGAAUUGUUCUGUCAAACCAAGAAGGAUAAAUACAUUGAUCUUUCUGAGGAAGACCGCUUAAGAAAGCUCCAGAAGAAAUUUAACAAGCUUCCUGAUGACAAGAGAGAAAUAUUCGAGAAGCUUGCACUGGUGAAAAGGCAAGGUGUGGAGAUGGCGAGCGGAGGAGUCACUGCGAAAUCAAGAACGGAGGAGGAACAUCCUCCACUGUCAGCUAGUAAUUCGAUCUCUCUCCCUAAUGUCACUUAUGUGGAUAUCUCAUCACGAGCUGAAGAUAUCCAGGCUGGUUUGAUUGAUACAUUCCUCAAUCUUGAGAAAAUCGACAGGAAUUUAUUUCUUGCUCGACAUUUGCUGAAAGGUAGGAACUCUUUGCCUGUUGUGUAUGGAGGGCAAGUCAUUGGCCAGGCAUUAUCUGCUGCUGCAGCAACCGUUGACAGUGGAUUUUUACCAAACAGCCUUCACAGCUACUUUGUUCAAAGUGGAAACGUAGAUAUGCCUAUUCUCUACAUGGUUGAUCGAAUCCGCGAUGGAAAAAGUUUCUGCACUCGACUUGUGAAAGCUGUCCAGAGCGGGGAUGCAAUAUUCACCGUCCAAAUCUCCUUUCAUAGGCCAGAGCCAGAUUCAAUCAAACAUCAGCUGGAAAUGCCAAAAGUGGCCGGACCGGAUGGGCUACUAGAUUGGAACCAACUCAUGGAAGAAGCUUCAAAAGAUCCUCAUCUCCAUCCUGCUGCAUCCGCUAUGUUGCGCUUUAAACGGAAAGAAAUCCCUCCAGCAUUCUUCAGAAUCUUUUCGUUCCGUCCUGUAGAUAUCAACACCUUCUUGUUUGGACCUAUGGCUAAUGGAAACAAUGAGCUACAACAGGACAGCUUUCGUUCCUACAUAUGGAUUCGAGCUAAUGAAAAUAUUGGAGAUGACCCACGAAUUCAUGUUGCUGCUGCCGCUUACAUCUCCGAUGCUACUAUGAUUGAGACCGCCAUUCGUCCUCAUAGCAGAGUGGGCUUUAUUCCAUCUAUGGCACUAACCCUAGAUCACUCUAUUUGGAUGCACAAUCAUGAGUUUAGAGUUGAUGAUUGGCUGUUGUAUGAGAAUCGCUCGACCAUAGCAAGUGGCGCUCGUACGUUGAUUGAAGGAAAAUUGUGGACCCGCGACGGUCGUCUAGUAUUUUCGACCGCUCAGGAAGCUCUUAUUCGUGCUCCUAAAUCCGAUAAACCAAUAUAG